UACUGUGAAUAUUUAGUUGAUCAUAUUUUUUUUUUUUUUGUAAAAAUAACAUUUACUCCAAAUUGUUUAUCAGUGAAUUGACAUUUAAUUUUUUUAAUGAAUCAUUUUAAUACGUGCAUUGACUAACAAUUAAACAAUAACAAACAUUUUUUUUUUUUUAUUGAUUGCUUUAAAUUGACAAUCUUAAAUUAUCUACCUCUAAAAAUACAAAAAUAAAAUAUAAACUUUUAUUUUCUUUUCAUUAUUAGUGUGAUAACAAAAAUUUUAAAAAAAAAUUCAAUUAAAACAACAAAAUAAAUGAAGAAUUAAUCAUUUUUAUAAACUAUAUUUUUCUUUAAAUUUUUUAUUUAAAUUUUAAUUGAUUAUUUUUAUUUGAAAAAGUUGAUAAACAAAAGAGGAUAAAAUUUGUCAGCUGUUAUUUCAUGGUGAUUUGGAAGGUAGAUAGUACUGCUUGGUCACUGCAGGAAAAUUUUUUACUGUGAUGUUUUCGUCAGGUCUUGGAUGUAAUAUUUCCUUCCCCAGUUGUUUGGGUUACCCCCAGGACAGUGAAGAGCUAUUACCAAAAAUGGCUAGAGAACCAAUUAUUCUCAAUGUUUAUGAUAUGUACUGGAUAAAUGAAUACACGACAUCAGUAGGUCUUGGUGUUUAUCAUUCAGGUGUUGAAAUUUAUGGAGUUGAGUAUGCAUAUGGUGGACACUCAUUGCCAAUAUCUGGUAUAUUUGAAAUAUCACCAAGAGAUGCUGAUGAACUUGGUGAACAAUUUAGAUUUAGACAAUCUGUUCACAUUGGUUACACUGAUUUCACUGAAGAAGAUGUUGCAAGAAUUGUUGCUGAAAUGGGCAAAGAUUUUCGAGGUGAUCGUUAUCAUUUGAUGAAUAAAAAUUGUAAUCAUUUUAGUGGCCAAUUGACACAGACAUUGUGUGGACAAGAAAUACCAGGAUGGGUAAAUAGACUUGCAUAUUUUAGUUCAUGUGUACCAUUUCUUCAACGUUGUUUACCAAAAGAAUGGCUAACACCAGAUGCAUUGACUCAUUCAUUGAGUCAUGUUAGCCAUCGUGAAAGUACACCACCAUCUGAUACAUCAUUGUAACAUUUAGCCAGACACGAUGGUAGCCAGUGUAGCAUACUAAGGUGUCGCAGGAGCCAUACAUUUUAAAUUAUUCAUUAAAUUAAUAAUAAUAUUAUUGAUAAUUGAUAUUAGUGUGACAUAAUUAAUUAGUAAACAAAAUCUUGCGGCACAAGGUACAUUCACUGAUGCUGGACCAUCAUUUUUUAAUUAUACAAAAUUCAUCUUGUACAGAAAUAAAAAAAAAUACACAUUAACAAAUCAUACAUUAAAUCAACAUAACAUUAAUUAACAAAUAAAAUUAAAAUAAUAAAAUCGACAAGCCUUCCUUGCAAAGUUGUUAUUAAAUCGACAGACAGCGAGAGAUGAAAAAAUAAAAUAAAUAACAAAAUUCAAUUAGAAAAUUAAUAGUUGACUGAUAAAUAUUCAUGCCUAUAAAAUAAAGUGAUAGGAGACUGAGAUUUAUAGAAGAAAAUGGAUAAUAAUAAUAGUUAUAAUAAUGGCAAUUUAAUAUUGUUUAUAAUAAUUGCGUGAAACGAGAUUUUUUUUUUGCUUUUUUUAUUAACAAAAUAUGUUGACACAGAAUUAUCAUAGAUUGAAAUUAACUUUAUAUUAAUAAUUUCAAAUUUAAACAAUCCGUUAUUUUUAUUUAAAAAAAACAACGAACAAGAGGGAGAAAAAUUAUAAUUUACAAAGAACAAAACACCAUAAUACAUUAAAUUAAAUAUUGAUUAAUUAUAUUUAAAAAAAAAAUAGAACAAAGUUGUUUUGUAAAUUGAAAAAUAAUUUUUUUUUACAUAAAAUACUAUGAUUAAAUUACAAAAUUAAUGUGUAGAGUAAAUAUUGUUUAAUUUAAUUUUAUAAUUAUACUGAUAAUUCUGUGUUUUUUUUAAUUAAAAAUAACUUUGUUAAUUACUGCUAAAAAAUAAUCACUGUUAUUGAGAUAUACUUUUUAAUGCGUCCACUAAUUUGAUAACGAUAAUAAAUAAUAAUAGUUAAAAUUAAACAUAAUUAAUAAUUUGUAAAAAAUGUUUCUGUGAUGAAGCACAUGAAUAAUGUCAAAUUUUCUUUUGACACACGAUAUAUAUAAUAAGAGUUUGACAAAUAGAUUUUUUAUAUUAAUUUUUCUUUCUUCAUCUGCACACUUUAACAUUAAAUUUAAUUUUUUUCUUUUGAUAUAUAUAAAUAUAUUCACACAAUUUAAUUUUGAUGUUUUUAUUUUCUACAUCAUUUUAAUAUAAUGCACAUAAAAAUCAAUUUUUUUUUUCAUUAACUAAUGGAAAAUAAGAGAAGAAAAAAUAAUAGAAAAAUCUCGAGAGAUUUAAUGAGUCGUUGUCGAACGCAUGAUGUUACAGAAAAUAAUAAUAAUAAUAAU